AUGCUGAAGGACUAUAGCUCGUUCACUGGAAGGUUUCGCAGGAUUUUCGGCUCGAUGGCGACCGCCCGAAGUCGCUACUUCCCGAAUCCCAAGGCCGAUUACAAAGGGGGCUCCGCUCCGGACAUACCCACCCCGCAAAUCCUGGAAAAACUCAACGACUUGCUGUUGCGAAUAGAAAACGGCUACAAACCCAUCGACAAAAACGCCGGCGAUGGAUUGUACCUCGGCACGGCCGGCGUCGCUUACAUGUAUUACCAUUUGAGCAGGACAUCGAGGCUCAAACCGAACGCUGGCAAGUACUUGAACAAAGCCGUGCAGUACCUCAGACCGGCCCUGACGGCCGUGGGUAACGUCACGACCGACUCCAAGGAGGCCCCGUCCUUUAUACUCGGCAACUGCGGAGUGUACGCAGUGGCUGCUUGCAUAUACAAAUGCAUCGGGCAGGAGCCCCAAAGCAAUCGAUACAUCCAAUUGUACUACGAUUGCGCCGAGACGGUGAAACAACCCAAAUUCCUGGCCGCUGGUUCGGAUGAAUUGUUCGUAGGAAGGGCAGGGUACGUUUUGGGGGCUCUUUGGAUGGCUAAAGAAACGGAAACACUUCUUAGAACGAGCGAUAUUUACGAGAUUUGCGACGUUAUCGUGCACUCUGGUAGAUGUUAUGCUUUACAGCAGAAAUCAAAGUCUCCUUUGAUGUACGCCUAUUACCAAGUCGAGUAUUUAGGUGCAGCGCACGGAUUGAGCUCGAUUUUACAGGUACUGAUUACCGUACCAGGUUACUUAGAUUCUCACCCACAAGAGGCCAAAAGUAUUAAAGAAAGCAUCGAUUACUUGCUAAAUUUACAAGACGAACAGGGUAAUUUCCCUUCUGCAACGGAUGAAAUAGGAUACCAAUCGAAACUGGUACAUUGGUGUCAUGGAGCAGGAGGCAUCAUUUAUCUGAUGGCCAAAGCUUACAUGACCUUCAAGGAGGAGAAAUACCUCAAUUCCUGCCUCAAAAUGGCGGAUUUAAUCUGGGAGAAAGGUCUGUUGAAAAAGGGGCCCGGUUUGUGCCACGGGGUUGCCGGAAACGGUUACGCUUUCCUGUUACUCUUCAGGAUGACCAAGGAUCCGAAGCACCUGCACAGGGCGUUGGAGUUUUACAGUUUCAUGAAUACCGGUGAAUUUCAAAUGGGCGCUCGUACUCCGGAUUAUCCUUACAGUUUAUUCGAAGGCUUGGCCGGGACUGCUUGCUUUUUGGCGGAUCUCACCCAACCGGCCCAUGCCAAAUUUCCAUUCAACGAUGUACUGUGCGUUUACUGA